AUGGUGUCCUGCUCUGAUGAUGCCCAUCACAUGACGGACGAAGGCUCAGCAAGGAUUCAUCGGGGUCGCAAAGCGGUGCGCCGAGGAUUGUUCGUACAAAUCUACAACCACAGCUUCAAGGCAACCCCCUUACAGCCUCCGAUGAAAAAAACUUACAAAUCCCUUCCACUCGCCUCUUCAAACGAAAUGAAAGGUACUCCAACAUCAAACAUGUUCUAA